AUGCGAUGGGGCUCCAAAAUCACCGACACGGCCAAGAUAUCCCACAAAGGCCGAUUGCUGUUCCUGGAAAAGGCGGAUGCACUUCUCUAUGCCCUCCAACGGUUGCGGCAGAGAGCCAUUACCUAUGCCACACCUAAUGACAUCGGGAUCCUCGCCACCGUGAUUCCGCUCCCGAAGCCAGCCGAGUCUGAGCUCCAAGACCUCGAGGUCCGUUUCCCAGACGACUUGCACCAGACCUCGGAGCUGGGGUGGACAACCCAUGCGAUUACACGGGAGAGAGGGGCCAUGGGCGACUCGGAUAGCUGGCCAGCCAACUCGUCCACUGAAUGCAAAGAGGAGGGCUGGCUGACAAUUGAAGAUACUUGGCUCGAAGUCCUCAAUACGGCACCUGAAACAUCGGACGCUUUUCAACACCUGGCCGACAUCGUCAAUAACGCAGAAACCACAAAUCAUCCACGACCCUGUGAGAGGUGUGGCGAUAGGGAGGCCGGAUGCAACAACGAGUGCGACGGUAGAGAUCAGACGUCAGACUCUACCUCACCGGUCUCAGAUCAAGGUAGCCAGCCUGUGGAAGAGCGUGAUGGCGAUGAUGGCCGCACGGCCGGCAAGGCAAAAGAGCAACACGUCCUGCUUGCUCCCUGGGCCGAGACGUUCGCAGGGAAUCUGGAGCAAUACCUCGACGAACUGGAGGCUCCAGGCUGUAACCCGGUCCUUGACAUGCCGGAAAUUCCGGUUCAAAACGGUCACACAGCGCUCAAGCUGGGCGCGCUCCUCGCACGUCUACAACGCGACAUUGACGACGUGGCCCGCCAUCGCACCAGUCUCAGCCUCACUAUACGCGACGCCCGUCAAUCUCUUAGAUGCAACCAGUCCCGGUGGGAGCGCGGCACCCGCAUCGACGCCGGCGACAUAACCCUCGUGAUGAAGAGCCGUGGGCUUGGCAGCCCGCUCGUCGAGAGCAUCACCAUCGACGACCCCUGGCUGGCCCGUGCUCAGGGUGACGUGGAUGGUUGGGACAGCUUACCGGAUGUGAAGCCUCGGAGAAGACUUUGCGGGCAGGGAAGCGCGGACUUCGGAGGGCGUGGUGCUGAGGUUGGAACCGAUGCAAAGACGGCCAGGCAUGUCCGUUGGUGA